AUGAACUCCCUUAGAGCUUCCCAGGCUGCUUUGGGCUCACUUGAGCCAAUGGCCAACUCGAUCCAAGCCACAACUCUUAGGAGGCCGCUCCGUUCUCUUUGCCAACAUGCCAAUAUGAGGGCCUCAUAUACCACCAAAACCUACUAUUUACCCAUCAGUGCUGAUUUUCGAAGAGCUUCACUGAAAAACAAGUUGGAUGAAAGACGUACAUUAUCAUGUAAUAACUCACCGUCUUCACGCUCUAUUACGACCAAAAUCCCACAAGCUGUGGCCCGAGGCCGAGCUUCGUACAGCACGGAAGCCACCGCGGCCGGGGAGCCUACCAUUCACGCCGUAUUUGAGACGAAGACAGGUACAUGGCAAUACGUGGUCGCUGACCCAUCCACUUUGGCUGCUGUCAUCAUCGACCCAGUCUUGGAUUAUGACCCAGCCAGCCAAGCCGUUACCACCUUCGCUGCCGAUUCACUACUCUCAUUGGUCAAGGAAAAGGGUUACAAGAUCGACAGGAUCUUGGAGACUCAUGCCCAUGCAGACCAUCUCACUGCAGCGUCUUAUCUCCAAAGUCGCCUUACGCAGGAGCAUGGCCACAAGCCGUCGAUCGGCAUUGGCAAGCGUAUCGGCCAGGUGCAGAGAUUAUUCGGUCGGAGAUACGCAGUUCCACCCGAUGAAUACAGUGUUGUUUUUGACACACUAUUUGACGAUGAUGAGAAGUUCAAGAUUGGAAACUUGGUAGCCACAGCCAUGCACCUGCCCGGGCACACUCCAGACCAUUUAGGCUAUAAAAUUGGAGAUAAUGUAUUCUGCGGGGAUUCUUUAUUCCACGCGGAUAUCGGUACUGCGCGUUGCGACUUCCCUGGCGGAAGUGCACACAGCCUCUUCAACUCCGGGCGUAAGCUUCUUAGUUUGCCGGACCACGUAAAAAUCUGGACAGGCCAUGAUUAUCCACCGGAGGGUCGCGCAACCCCGAUACCUUGGCUGAGUGUGCAAGAUCACAAGAGCCAAAACAAACACCUGAGGGACGGUAUCACUGAGGAGGAGUUUGUGUCUCUGCGGCAGGAGCGAGACGCAAAAUUGGCAGAGCCAAGAUUGCUCCACCAGUCUCUCCAAAUAAACAUCCGGGCAGGACAACUUCCGAAGCCAACGGAAGCUGGGCAUCGGAUGCUUCACGUGCCGCUAAAACUUGGAGAUGUUAAAUGGUAA